CCGGGCCCGAUCUUUGUCUUUUUUUUUUCUCUCAGUUUCCCCUCCCUCUUGAUUUUCGCUCUCGCUUGCGAUUCCUGGUGCUGUUUUCCGCAUACGGCAACAUGAACGUCACUCAGGUUUUGGAGAGCACCCUCUCGCCAGAUGCGGCUGCACGUACAAAUGCCGAACAGCAGCUCGCCCAUGCGGCUGAGGUUGACUUCGCUCAAUAUCUUGUUACCUUGGGUCAAGAAUUAGCAAAUGACAACACCCCGUCCCACAUCAGAACCGCCGCCGGUCUUGCGUUGAAGAACGCUUUCACAUUCAAAGACCUCGCUAAGCUCCGCGAGGUCCAACUUAAAUGGCUACAGCAAAUUACCCCAGAAAUUAAGGCCCAAGUCAAGGAACUUGGCCUCAAGACGCUCGGCUCGAAAGAUGGUCGGGCCGGCCAGUCGGCCGCCCAGGUCAUCGUUUCCAUCGCCGCCAUCGAGCUCCCCCGGAAUGAAUGGCCCGAUCUGAUGCAGAUCCUGGUUCAGAACAUCGCGACCGGCUCUGACCAACUCAAGCAGGCCUCCCUGGUCACCAUCGGCUUCAUUUGCGAAUCUCAAGACCCCGAGCUCCGCGAGAGCUUGGCUGCCCACUCCAAUGCUAUCCUCACCGCCGUUGUCCAGGGUGCUCGCCGCGAGGAGCCGAACAUGGAUAUCCGCUUCGCUGCUAUCAAGGCCCUCAGUGAUUCCGUCGACUUUGUGCGCUCGAACAUGGAGAACGAGGGUGAGCGGAACUACAUCAUGCAGGUGGUCUGUGAGGCGACUCAGGCCGACGAUCUCCGUGUCCAGGCUGGUGCAUUCGGCUGUCUUAACCGUAUCAUGGGUGCCUAUUACGAUAAGAUGCGCUUCUAUAUGGAGAAGGCCCUGUUUGGUCUGAGUAUCAUGGGUAUGAAGAACGAGGAGGAGGAUGUUGCCAAGCUCGCGAUCGAGUUCUGGUGUACUGUUUGCGAGGAGGAAAUCGCUAUCGAGGACGACAAUGCUGCGGCCCAGGCUGAAGGGAUCCCUGAGGUCCGCCCGUUCUUCGGCUUCGCCCGUGUUGCUUGCAAAGAAGUCGUUCCCGUUCUGUUGCAGGCUAUGUGCAGACAGGAUGAGGAUGCCGGUGACGAUGAAUACAACGUCGCACGUGCCGCUUACCAGGCCCUGCAGCUCUACGCUCAGUGCGUUCAGGGCGAUGUCAUCCCCCCCGUAUUGGCAUUUAUUGAGGCGAACAUCCGUAACGAGGACUGGCGUCACAGAGAUGCUGCGGUCGCGGCAUUCGGUGCCAUCAUGGAUGGCCCUGACCCCAAGGUUCUGGAGCCUUUGAUCAAGCAGGCUCUGCCAGUCCUGGUCGGCAUGAUGCAAGACAGCUCUAUCCAGGUCCGCGACUCAGUCGCUUACGCUCUCGGCCGUGUCUGUGACUAUUGCUCUGAGACCCUUGACCCUGAGGUGCAUCUGGAGCCCUUGAUCUCUUGCCUGUUUAAUGGUCUUGCGAGCUCCCCCAAGAUCGCCAGCUCCUGCUGUUGGGCCUUGAUGAACGUCGCCGACCGCUUUGCUGGCGAUUAUGGAACCCAGACCAACCCUCUUUCCAAGCACUUCGGUGAGAGCGUCAAGUCGCUUCUUACUCUUACCGAGAGGCACGAUGCCGACAACCAGCUUCGUACCGCUGGCUACGAGGUGCUCAAUUCCUUCGUCAACAACGCUGCCAUCGACAGCCUUCCCCUGGUCGGAAACCUGUCCGAUGUUAUGCUUCAGCGCUUGGACCACACCAUCGGCAUGCAGCAGCAGGUGGUCAGUGUUGAGGACCGCAUCACUCUGGAAGAGAUGCAGACUAGCAUUAUCAGCGUCAUUCUCGCCGUUGUUCAACGCCUCGAGACCGAGAUCAAGCCCCAGGCCGAUCGCAUCAUGGAGCUUAUGCUUCGCGUACUUUCGACCGUUCCGCCCAAGUCUAGUGUUCCUGACGUGGUAUUCGCCACUGUCGGUGCUAUCGCUAGUGCCAUGGAAGAGGAAUUUGCCAAGUACAUGGAGUCUUUUGCCCAGCCUCUGUACAAUGCUCUCAGCAACCAGGAAGAGCCUGGUCUGUGCUCCAUGGCGAUUGGAUUGGUCAGCGACAUCGCUCGUGCCCUGAAUGAGAAGAUCCAGCCCUUCUGUGAUGGUUUCAUGAACGCUCUCCUCACCGUUUUGCGAACCUGCGGCAAUCAGCUCAAGCCUGCUAUCCUUGAGACGUUUGGAGAUAUCGCUCAGGCUAUCGGCACUCAGUUUGACACCUAUCUUCAAGUUGUUGCAACUGUCCUCCACCAGGCCGCGGCCGUGACUGCCAGCGACGAUGUGUCUCUUGACGCCAUCGACUACAUCAUCUCCCUCCGUGAGGGUAUCAUGGAUGCUUGGGGUGGUAUUCUUUUGGCUUACAAGGGCAAGCCUCAGAUCUCUCACAUCACACCUUUCGUCGACCACAUCUUCCAACUGCUCCACACCGUUUCUCAAGACAUCAACCGCAGUGAGGGCUUGAUGAGGGCCGCUAUGGGUGUCCUUGGUGAUCUUGCCGAGGGCUUCCCCAACGGCGAAUUUUCCAACUACUUCCGCAACGACUGGGUCACUGCCCUUGUUCGCGAAACCCGCCAGAACCGUGAUUAUGGACCUCGUACCAUUGACACUGCCCGGUGGACCCGUGAGCAAGUCAAGCGCCAGAUCAACAUGUCGACUGCUGCUGCUAUGGCUUAAGUGACAAGUAUCAAUCGCCCUCCCGUCAAUUGAUCUUUCACUCGACAAUAUGCCCCCCCUACAGGACGCCGCCAGCUUUUGGCGCACCGAAGGAAGUAACGCCGUGGCGACGCUGGCCCCAUUGGCUGGUGGACCUGCAUUCUACGGAACCCCGGGUCCCUCCCAGAUUGCUCAUUCAUCAUGUGACCGUGUUUUCAGUCUAUCAUACUGCGAAUAGGGCUGAUCUUUCCGCCGUCACCGUCCCUCACUCCACACCCCCCUUGAGCACCCUGUACCAACCCUCUCACCCCCACCCACCACCCAA